UGGAGCCGCUGCCGUCAUGCAGUCACCGGCGGUGCUCGUCACCUCCAGGCGAGUUCAGAAUGUCCACACGGGCCUGGACCUUACUGUGCCCCAGCACCAGGAGGUGCGGGGCAAGAUGAUGUCGGGCCACGUGGAGUACCAGAUCCUGGUGGUGACACGGCUGGCUGUAUUUAAGUCAGCCAAGCACAGGCCUGAGGAUGUCGUCCAGUUCUUGGUCUCCAAAAAAUACAGUGAGAUUGAGGAGUUUUACCAGAAACUAUGCAGUCAUUACUCCAAGGCCAGCCUCCCCCCACUGCCCAGGAAGGUCCUGUUUGUUGGGGAGUCUGACAUCCACGAGAGGAGAGCCAUGUUCGAUGAGAUUCUGCGCUGCAUCUCCAAGGAUGCCGAGUUGGCAGGCAGCCCAGAGCUGCUAGAAUUCUUAGGCACCAGGUCCCCAGGGGCGGUGGAUCUCGCCAGCAGAGACGUCUCCAUCCUGGAUGCAGACAGCCAGGCAGGGGAUGAUGGGGAGGCUUUCGAUUUCUUCGGGCAGCAGGAUGGAGUGGCGGGAGAGAGUCUGCUGAUCCUGGGCCUGAAGGGCAAGGAUGCCGGGAACCCCUUGGAGGAGGAGGAGGAAGAGGAGGUGGCAUUGGACCCUCUGGGAAUCAUGCGCUCCAAGAAGCCCAAGAAACACCUCAAAGUGGCCACCACGCUCAAGCCCAUGCCCCGGCUCACCAUCUUUGAUGAGGAGGUGGACCCUGACGAGGGGCUGUUUGGCCCUGGCAGGAAGCUCUCCCCACAGGACCCCGUGGAGGACAUGUCCCCCAGAGACCCCCUGAAGCUGUUUGAUGAUCCUGACCUGGGCGGGGCCGUGCCCCUGGGAGACCCCUUACUCCUGCCAGCCAUCCAUGAGAGUGGACAGCCCGCGUCCAGCCUUGGCCACAGGGAAACGUCCGAGGAGCUCUUCAGAGUUGAAGAGGACUUGGACCAGAUCCUGAACCUGGGAGCCGAACCCAAACCCAAGCCCCUGCCCAAGCCCAAGCCACCAGUGGCAGCUAAGCCAGCAUUACCCAGGAAACCAGCUGUUCCCCCCAGAGCGGGCCCGUCUGAAGCUGUGGUCGGGCAGUGGAAGCAGCAGCAGCAGAUCCAAGCCAUGGACGAGAUGGACAUCUUGCAGUACAUACGGGACCACGACGCACCUGGCCAGGCCACCCCCAGCCUCUUCUGA